GCUGAGCGUGUCUAUAAUAAAAGUACUCCUCUUAUCAACAGCAGGAGUCACGGUCUUGUGAGAGUUAAAAGAAUCCUUGGAGUGCUUUUGUCUAUUGCUUUGACGUCUGCUCUCUCAAGUGAAAAUUAUAAAAAAACCCAUGAAAAGAUCAACAUGUAUUUGCAAAAUGGUGUGCCAUGCAUGUUUAUGUCAAAACAAGAUGGUGAAGUUGUUGAAUCUCUCAUUGGAGAGAGGCUUUGGUAUCGCAUCGCAGACUUGAUUCUUGUGUCAAUACGCAUGCAAGCAAUGUACCCAAAAAGGCUGGAAGAAUUGAAGCUUGCGAGCACGAAGAUUUCACUGGUCGCCACUGAUAAAAUAGCCACUCAUUCUUGA